GUGUCGGUUGCCACGAUAGUCGCAUCGAGUCGAGUUCGCGCGCGCGCGCGUGCGUUUUUUGAGAAAAAAAGGAAGGGAAAAACUCCGAGAGCGAGAGAGAGAGAGACUCUACGGCCGCACCUUGCCUGUUCGAUAAGACGAACGCGCGACGGAGAAGACCGCGAGGAGGAUGGACCAGUAGGCGAAUUUUGUGACGGAAGGCGGAGUACGAGACCGGGUGUGCGACGAGUUCACGCGCCAAAGUUCCAUCUCGCGUACGCGAGGGAACGUUCGUCGGUCCUCGUUCUCCAAGAGACAGAAGGGGAAGCGAAAGGGAGGAACGGCAGGAAGAAUCAACGAAAGUCGAUCAAUCUGCUUUGUCGCCCCCCUCUCUCUCCGCCCGCCCACUCGCUCGCACGCUCGCUCAUCCGCCCGUCGAGCAGGACUCCCACGGACGCCACAAUGUGCUGUGUGUGUGAUGUACGGUGCAGUGUGUUGGUGCUAACUUAGUGAUAACGAUAUCCCCUCCUCCGCCGCGCGUCUGUACGUCCGCGGGACCUACAGCGAGCUAGUCGUCCUGUUAUCUCGUCCGGGGAUUGCCGCGAGAUAAGGACGGAGGCCAGGAAGAGGUUCCUUUCGCUCAGCAAAUCAGACCAAGAUUACCUAUGAUCCCACUGGGCGUCGCGAGGACGACGGAAAAGGAAGAGAGGCGCUUUUGGCAGUACUCCUAAUCUUCCUCCCCUACCUGCCGCCCGCCCGUUCUCUCUCUCUGCAUUCCGCUUUCCAUCCCUCUCUCUCUCCUCCCCUUCUCGCGUCUCCUCUUCCCGCUGUUACUUCACCUGCUCGUCGUACUUCGGCAAGCGAUCGCAACGCACCGAAAUCUCGUCGGACACGAUGGACAUGAGCAGCGAGUCGAGCGCUAGGACGUGGUACGAGACGCCCAGGUCGCUGGAGCCGCCUUCGGGGGGUGCCGGAGUGGCUGGAGUGGUCGGCAACGAUUACAGGGGUUACUACCCUCAUGCCGGACCGACGGCGCAUCACCCCGCAGCUGCCGCACACUACGCCCACACAAGGAUGUCGAGCAGCAGCGUGUCGGGCGGGCCGGUGAGCCAAGUCUGCCGGCCGCACUUCCACAGCCCGGUUCUCCAUCCGUGGCUGUCCAGCGGCAGCGCGGACACCUCCAAGACACCCUGGGGAUUCCCCACGACGACGACGACUACGGGAGGCGCUGUGAACGACGAGAAGCCACAGAGUCCUCUGGGAUCCUCGCUGGCGCCCACCAGUGGAAGUUUGUCGAGUCACGGUGGCGGCGGCCACCAUCUCUUCUCCUUCCCGCCGACACCGCCCAAGGACGCUACGCCCGACAGCAUAACCGCCAGCACGACCUCCAGCACGAACAAUAACAACUCGACGAGCGCCAAUAAUAAUAACAGCGGUAAUCCUCUUUCCGGGUUGGGCGGCGGCACUACCAGCGAGUACCAGGCGGCGGUCGCUCACGCGGCGGUAAUGGGCGCGUUCAUGCACCACCAGGACGCGCUGGGCGCAUCCGGCGCCAGCUCGUGCGACAUCAAGCCGACGGUGAUGCUCGGGCACCAUCACGGGGCGCCUUCGCCGCCGCAUCAGCAACACAACGGUUCCAACAACGGCAGCAAUGGUCCCGCCGGCACGAACGGCUCGUCCGCCGGCCAGGUGAAGCAGCGAGAAGAGGGUCGCGAGUGCGUGAAUUGCGGCGCCACAUCGACACCCCUUUGGAGACGAGACGGCACUGGCCACUACCUCUGCAACGCCUGCGGGCUUUAUUACAAGAUGAACGGCCAGAAUCGACCCCUCAUCAAGCCGAAACGACGCCUGUCGCUGCAGAGUGCGGCGAGACGGGCGGGCACCAGCUGCGCCAACUGCAAGACGGCGACCACGACCCUCUGGCGGAGGAACCAGGCCGGCGAGCCGGUCUGCAACGCUUGCGGGCUCUACUACAAGUUGCACAACGUGAACCGGCCGCUGACGAUGAAGAAGGAGGGCAUCCAGACGAGAAACAGGAAGCUCUCGUCGAAAAGCAAGAAGAAGAAGGCCGGCGGCUGCCUAGGCCUCGGCGGCGUCAUGGGCGACAUGAUCAAGGCCAGCGGACACCUUGAUCUCGACAACAAGCCCUUCCAUUCAGGAUUUGGAUCGCCGAUGGGUACGUCGCAGCAUCAUCACACGAUGCAUCCGGCGAUGCAGCAUUACAUGUAUCACACGGGUGUCGGCGUGGCCGGAGGUCUUCAUCAGGGAUUUGCGCCACCGGCGCCGCCCCCCAUCCACCCGCACUCGCAUUCGCAUUCCCAUUCUCAUCACAUGACGAGUCUUCAGGGUCUACAGCUGGCGGCCACGACGAACGCGAUGACCGGCUGGCGAUCGGAGUACACAUGAAUCGCGAGUGACUAGCAGCUCAGGACGCAGCCCACCACUGUCUCGUUGUAAUGUAAAAAGAACGGAAAGAAAACCCAGAAAAAAAAAA